CGUCGAAAUGAUCACUUUCAGAAAAGUCACUAGACUAUACCAUCUACGUGAAAAGUCCGGCAAGUGUCGUAUUCCGUGGUCGCGACACCGUGAGAGCCGCGCGGUGGAGACCGCACACUCUCGACUCUCGACUUCGGCAGUCGCGCAGCGAAUAAAGCGAGUUGCAUCGAAAACGCGAGCGAGAAAGGUGCCCCAUAUGUAUCUCGUCCGGUGCGUCGCCGUCGGCCAUUGUCUCUGACAUGGAAGCCUAUCAAAAUGGCAGAGGUCGUGCAGAUGUUUUUGUUCCUAUAUAAAUCGAAAUACCGUCGGAAAGGGCAGUGCCGUGAGGUGGUACGGGAUCAGUGCGGUGUAAUUGCAGUGCCGUGGCCGAUACUGUGGGCGGCGCUGAUCUGUUGGGUGGUGCACGUAACUGCGGCCGCCUCCUCCUCCUCGUCGUCGCUGACGACGGAAACGACCUGCGACACGGACAGUUGCGUCAACGGGGACUGUGUCAAUGGCACCUGCGUGUGCCACGAGGGUUGGCAGGGCUUGGCGUGCCAAUUCUGCGGCGGAAAAGUCAGACUGACGGAACCAACAGGAAACAUUCACGACGGUAUCGGCAACUACACGGCGGACGUAAAGUGUUCCUGGUUGAUCGAGAGCAACCCAAACUCCACGAUACGGAUGCACGUGGAGCAAUUCGCGACAGAAUGCGGCUGGGACCACAUGUACAUCUACGACGGUGACAGCGUCGAGGCGCCGUUGGUUGCCGUCUUCUCCGGAUUGAUGCACAAAGAUGGCUACCACAUACGGCGCGUGCCGGAAGUGAUCGCGCGCUCCGGAACCGCGCUGCUUCACUUCUACUCGGACGUCGCGUACAACAUGAGCGGCUUCAAUAUCAGCUACAAGAUCAACGCCUGUCCUAGCAGGUAUUCGCACACCGACUGUUCCGGCCACGGAGUCUGCAUCGACGGUGUGUGUACGUGCGAUGCCACGUGGACCGGCGAAGCUUGCGAGAUUCAAGUUUGUCCGAACAAUUGCUCCGAUAAUCACGGACAGGGCGAGUGUAACCGCGAGAGCCAUCACUGCGACUGCGUGCACGGUUUCAAGGGUUCCGACUGCAGCCAAAGAAGCGAUCGUGGAUUCUGGGAAAGCGUAUCCUACAAAAAUUUGUCACCGGAGGGUUCGGCUAGUCAUUGCUCCGUCGUUUGGAAGGAUUCCUUAUACGUAGUCGGCGGUGAGAGCUUUCAUCGCGCAAAAAUGAUCAACGUUUAUGAUUUCAAUGGAAACGUCUGGGAGACCCCUCACGUCGAGGGUAAGGUUCCUCUGCCUCGCUACGCUCAUUCGUGCGUACUCUUUGGCGACAAGAUAUUCAUGUACGGUGGCGUACUGCCUAAUUCUACGGUGACCAAUGAGAUCUGGGCGUUCGAUGUGUCGGCAAAAGUCUGGGAGAACGUAACGGUGCACGAUAACUUCCAUAACAACAAAACCAUACGCGGUGGUCCUCUAAAGGUAGCCGGACACUCUGCAACCUUGGUGCACGGAAAAAAAGAAAAGAUGGUGGUGAUAUUUGGCUAUUCGCCUCAGUAUGGUUAUCUGAACGAAGUUCAAGAAUGCUAUUUGGGUACUCGCGAAUGGCAAAUUGUGGAGACUGCUGGAUUCCCUGUGAAGGGUGGUUAUGGUCAUACGUCUGCCUAUGAUCCGUUGUCGAAUCUCAUCUACGUGUACGGAGGAUACGUAUCAGAGACGCAAAUCACACAGGUGUUAACCAGUCGACUAUACUCCUAUCAUCCUAAUAAUCGCGAAUGGAGAUUGCUCACGUCAGCGCCAUCGGCUCGUUUCUUUCAUACGGCUGUAUUCGUUUCUGCUGGCUUGAUGAUCGUCUUUGGCGGUAACAUGCACAACGAUACGCAACAUUCGGACGGAACGAGGUGUUAUUCAGCGGAUACGAUAGCGUACGACGUUACGUGCGACUCGUGGCAUCAGUUCUCUAUGCCGAAAGAGAUGACCGAUCUGCCUAGGUAUGGACACACUGCGACUGUAUUUGAAAAGUCCAUGUACAUUUAUGGAGGAUUCGAUGGACAGAUGUUAUCCGACAUGUCAAGGUACACACCAGGGAACUGCGAGCACUUGAUGAAUCAGAAUCAGUGUUUGAACGCAAGGACAGGCGUGAAGUGCGUGUGGGACAAGAGAGAGAAUCGGUGUAUACAGAUCACCAAGAUAGCCCGACACGUGCUUCUUAACGACGAUAUACACGACGGAAUUUACAUGAGGUGCCUGGACGAUACGCCACCUCGUGGGAUGACGUCUCACAAGGAAUUAUGCAAACUGCUCACAGACUGUGUGGCGUGCGUACAGACAUCGUACAAUUGCGUAUGGUGCGGCAAGAGUUGCUCGUACGAGAUCUGCCGAGACAACGCUAACGCACCUCCGACUAAGGCCAUCACCGAUCUGGUACAGUGCGACCUUCACACUGGCAUAGAGUGCUUACAAUUGCACACCUGCCACGCGUGCUCCAGCAAUCCACAUUGCAUCUGGUCUUGGUCGAACGGACCUGAUCGGUGUAAGCCGUACUCGAAGGCUCGAGACCAAGUGACGAUUUUAAACGGAACUAUUCAAGCGCAGAGGCUGUCCAUAGACUCUUGUCGCAGUCCUUGCGUAGACUACACUUCCUGUAAAAAUUGCACAGAGUCUGAUUGCAUCUGGUGUCAGAACGAGAAGAAAUGCGUGGACAAAAACGCGUAUCCCGCGAGCUUCCCUUACGGACAAUGUCGCGAGUGGACUACGAUCGACGCGAAAUGUCGGCCGACGGAAACAGGGAAAGAAUGGUGCACGUUUUAUUCGUCUUGUACGACGUGUCGCUCCGAUCCUGGAUGUGGAUGGUGCGACGAUGGUUCAGGGACUGGGAAGGGACUCUGCUUGCCAGGUGGGGCUCGUGGUCCAAGCGGUAAAAGCUUGGACGCGUGCCCGUUCGAACGAUGGUACUUCACUAAAUGCCCUACUUGCCAAUGCAACGGGCACAGCAAGUGUCUCUCGAACAGCAGCACGUGUAUCCAACCGUGUGGAAAUUUGACAUACGGACCUCACUGCGAUAAAUGCAUUCCCGGUUAUUACGGCAAUCCAUUGAAUGGAGCGACUUGCCAACCCUGUUUUUGUAACAAUCAAGGCACGCAGUGUACCAGCGAGACAGGCAAAUGUUUCUGUACAACGAAAGGCAUCAUCGGGGAUCAUUGCGAACGAUGUGACGUGUCCAGCCUUUAUCACGGAGAUCCUACCAAUAAAGGAUCGUGUUUUUAUGAUCUGGCGAUCGAUUAUCAAUUUACGUUCAAUUUAAGUAAGAAGGAGGACCGUCAGUACCGAGCGAUCAAUUUUAAGAAUUCUCCGCCAAAACCCGAUAUCGAUGCCGAGUUUUCCAUUACGUGUUCCGUAUUGGCUAAAAUGAACAUCACCGUGAAGAGAGGGAACACGCCGGAAAUACCGUUGAUUCUUGGCGCGAAUUGCACCACCAGCAUGUACAAGCAUCGAUUUAUCAAAGACGGUUACGGUUUCGGUAGCGACAACAAUAGCACAUUGACCACGUUCUACGUUUACGUGUACGACUUCCAGCCGCCUGUGUGGAUUCAGAUUUCCUUCUCGCAAUAUUCCAAACUCAACUUGCAACAGUUCUUCAUAACAUUUUGCACAGAUUACAUGCCUAGGUGCUUCCUCGCUCUCCUGUUGGUGGCUGCUAUCCUCUGGAAGAUUAAACAAAGAUACGAUAUGUACAGAAGAAGACAGAGAUUGUUCGUGGAAAUGGAGCAAAUGGCCAGUAGAGCGUUUAGCCAAGUUUUGGUAGAAAUCGAGAGGCGGGACAUCGAUAAUUCCGACUCCGAGCGAAACGAGUCCGAGUUGAUCAAUUGCCGCAAGAAGAAAAAGGAUGCCCCUAGUCCGAUCGCGUUGGAGCCCUGUUGCGGUAACAGAGCAGCGGUCCUGUCGUUGCUAGUCAGACUGCCUACUGGCGGUGAACCUUACACGCCGGCUGGUCAGAGCGCUGGUUUAGCCGUAGCAUCUGCGUUAGUUACGCUGGGUAGCCCGCGGAGGCCUUCUCAGGAAUUGACGACGAAGGAACCGACAAAAACACGAAAGUCUGCCAGCCAACACCCAGAUUCCACAUGCAUUUAGCGAUAAGGGCACGAAAGUAGAGACUUUUAAAGUGGGUGACUAUACGAGCCUUAGACAUGUUUCUGUGAUCUUGCCUUAACGAACGGGCAGGACUGUUCAAACUCUUCGAACUCUGAUAGAGUGAAGUGUGUAAAAUUAUUCAUUAAUUAUUAUUCUUAAUUUCUCUUUCUUUUCUUUUCUUUUUUUUUUUUUUUCUCUCACUUUUUCCGUUCUUUUCAUUUUUGUUCGUUCCGCGACGAAUCUUCGUUUCGAUCCGUAAUUUUCCAAGGUGGAAAAUCGCGUCCGUCACGCUCAACGGGUCGGUCAGUUAAGUGGCUCCAGUGUACGGAUUUUCGUUGUGAAACGGGGGCCGGCCGUGUUUCGUUCAGCCGAUAUUUGGUAAGUAAAUCAAGUCCACGAAUCGUAAAUCCACGGUAUUAUAACGUGCGGGCGUAACACGCUUGACGGAUUCGAGAUUCCUCUCAUCGUCGUUUCGACUCUUUCGUUUUUCUCGUGACGAUGUACAGUGUUGUAUAUAGAACUGUUCUGCGGUUUGUUUCUCUUCAUUUACACGUUGCGAUCGAACGGAAUCGAGUUCGUCCCGCGAUCAUCGACGUGUCUUCGAAAAAAGGGGCUAUAAGAGAUCGAACGUUGUAACAAAGUUAAUAUUCAGCGCUGUCCUUUAGUUACAAGUUUCGGUGAAUCCGCGGGAGCGAUGGUUGAAAAAAUUUGGGACAGAUAUCGGCGAACGAAAUCGAGAAGCUCGAUUUGCCGGAUGUAGAGUACGGACGUGUAAUUUUCGUUCUUCGUUUUUCUUGUAUAGCUGUGUAAAUACGUGUACGUUGUAUAUCCCGAGUGAAAGAUCAUGAUCACGACACACGCGAACUGUACAGAUAUAAAAUUGAUUGGAAGGAAGAAGGAAAGAAGCGGAAAGCGAGUGACAAGGAAUAUAUCAUCUUUCGUGUAUUUGUCUCUUUCUAGCAAGCGGCGAAGAAUCAAUUCUAAAUUAACGGAAAUGAAUAGAGGCGUAUCUUCGUAUUCGGUAUACCUAUUUAUCUAUUGUGCCAAAGCAUUUUUAUAUUGGUAUCGUUAUUUAAAAAAAAAAAGAAGAAGAAAAAAGAAAAAGGAAAAAAAAAAGAAAAAAAAGAGGAGAAAAGAAGGUAUUAGAACGUCGUUGAUGUAGAUUCGAAUUUUCAUUAACGAAUCAAUUUUAAUCUCGAGAGAUCGUCAUUAGAGCACAAGAGUCCAAUUUUUGGAUUUUUUGGAUGACACGGCAGAAUUCAUUCCCUUCAUCGAUUUGUCUCUAUUCGUUUCCAUAGAGAAAGGAUUCGUUAUACGAUCGAAAGAUACGAACGAAGGAAGCUGUCCAUUUUGCGUCGAGAUUUCUUUCUUUCAAACGCGACAGCGCGUAAUUUCGAUCGUACAACGUCCAACGUAAUUUUAACGUGAUAACGAAGUGGAAGGGGACGGGGCGGAGGAAGGAAAAGAACGAUGCGGACGUUGCAAUAAAAACUGUAAGAAUCGCGGUUAUUCUUCGAUCGACGAUAAACGGUUUUCGUUUCGUUACAAGAUGGCAGUGCUGGUUGUUUCACGUACCAUGCCUAAAAAGCAGCGUUCGCACGCUCGAUAUCAUAAUCGAUCGUUGCGUAUGCGCCGACUAUAAUAUCGAUCGCGCGAACGCUCCUCCUUAACCUUAAAUAGGUUUAAAACGGAUAGAGAACGAAAAAAGACAAACAAACGUAUAUGUUACGUGGCUGUGGUUUAUUUUUCAUUUAACUAUGUAUUAUCGUUCUUUCAUUUAUAUUGCCGAUAUAUAUAUAUAUACAAAUUUCGUAUAUUUUUUGCGUGGCCAAUAAACGAUAGCUGCUUCCGUUCUGAAAUUUAGAAUGAUCUCACGUUCUUACUUUCUGUUCUGAAUAUGGAAGCAGCUCUUACUAUCGCGUGUUCCAUUAAAGAAAAAAAAAAAAAAAGAAAGAAAGAAAUUAUUUUGUGCAUUCUGCCGUGCAAAACAGUUUCUUACGACUAACCUAUAACUUAAACCUCCAGCUCCAGCACUUGCAUAGCAUAAACACAGAAUAUUUGCGUAUACGCGUCGUCUAUUUUAGUCUCAGCUCCAAUAAUAGAGUUUUUAACGCGCGUGCGAUUAUUUUAUCACACUGUUCGUAAUAAUUACGGGAUCUCCUGCUUGUUGUACGGAACGAGUACCAGAAACCAGGAAAGAAAGUACCGAAUACAGGAUUAUCCGUUGUAGAACAUUUUAUCUAAUUUUCUUUUUAUUCGCGUAGUCGUAAGUAAUCAGCUUUCAACGUUCAAAUUUACCACGGUUAAACAGGGGAUCCUGUAAUUAUUUUGUGCACGGUAUAAGACUCGAGUACACCAAGAGUGUCGAUUUAGUUAUCUUUAAGUUUUCGUCGAACUCUCUUUCGGAUCACCAAACAUUUUUAACCGAUUUCUAUAUUUUUUUUAACAGUGUAAAAGUAUCCAAGUUGCGAAUCCAACAAACAUUUCAAAUUUAAUCGAAACCGAUAUAUUUUCUGUUUCUUUUAUACACGUCCCCACCGCUAAUACCAGACUCGCCGGAUAUUUUGUUUCCAAUGAUUUCUUCCACGUUGUUGUUCCCGCAUCGGUGGAGUUUAUCGAGUUCUCGAGAUUUAUUCAAAUUCUACGUCGACGUUAUAAUUUAUUGUUUCGCGAAUGCAUCCUUGCGCUCAGGGUCCAACGUAAUUCUUAAAAGUAAAUUUCCCAACCCCAGAAUUAGUAUUUUUAAUCGCGAUUUGUCGAGUCGAAUAGCGUUAAAAAGUAUAGAAACCGGCAAAGAAUCUUUGGUGUCCGAAAACGAGGUCUAGCAUCGAAGUUUUCACAAAGAAUACAUACGUUCGAUGAUUUCGAAUACGUACGAGCGAUUUAGGCGUUUUUUUCGUCCUUUUCUUUUUUUUUUUUUUUUUUUUUUUAUUUUAUUUUAUUUUAUUUUAACCGUUGUAUAGCACAGGAUCAAGUGCAAUGCAUUACGUUUUACCAUGUAAUACUCAUCGAGUUUCUUUCAUUCUCUCUACUAUACUCGAAGCCUCUUAUUGUGAGGGUGCAACCAGACGCUCGCCGAUACGUUGUACAUGAUUUAAAUUGCGACAAAGUUACCCGUACUAUUCUCAAGAAUCGCUAUUACCUUAUCAGAAAAAGAGAAUAAGAACUAUUUACCCUUGUCUCUUGAUCGUGCUCUGGUUGCGCUCGUAUACAGAAUAGUGUAUAUUUUAUUACCGUAAAGAUAAUUUAAUUUUUUACACGACUGUUUUAUUUUUGUUUGUUUUCUUUCUUUUCUCUCUCUCUCUCUCUCUCUCACUCACUUUCUUUUUCUUUUUUUUCUUUUUUCUUUUUUUUUUUUUUUUAACAGAGUAAUAAAAGCGGCGUACUUUCUUUGUUCCGCGCGAGAAUUUAGUUGUACAUAAUACGAGCAUAGAUAACGUUGCAUUAUAUUUAAUGAAAAUAGGAGUACGUACGUAUAUUGGAUAAAUUGCUCAACUUUCGAGUAGAUCCAUCUUUAUCACGUUCGACGAUAGUUUUCUCUUCUACCGAUCCAUUUUCUUUUUAUAUUUAAAAGUUAAGUUUCUGUUCGCUCGAGGGGAAAGUAUUUAAUACAAUGCCAAGAAAUAUACAAGAUGAGAGAAAUAUUCGUGAAAAAUCAUUAGAGGACGACGCUUUGAUCGACGAAUGUUCUUCGCCCCCGUUCUCUUCGUUUUUAUCCAUUGCAUUUGUCGAGGUGUCUUGAUACUGCCAACCUUCGUCUAUUCCUUACUUAACUUUUACGAUCUGUCCGUCUUCGAACGUAAAAUGUCUACCAUUCGUUCACCCGUUUGAUCGUCGCAACCUGUUGCUGCUAGGAAUUUUUCUUCGGCGCGUGGUUACCAGGCAAAUCUUUGUCUCGAAACUUUGUCCAUGUAUUGUAAAUCGAAAUUGAAAACAAUAUUUUGUUGCUUCUAAAGGCCAAUGUCAUUGAAAGAUAAUGGAGAAAUUACGGAUAAUUACGGAUUUUGCUGUAUCGUGGCUUCUACCGUACCAAUUGAGAGUCAAAGACGAUAUAAGACGAUAGCGAGGCAAGAUAUACAAAUGAUCUCGGGUGUACACGACUGACUUUGAACACGCUAUCGCUUCGAAAUUCUUGAUACUCGAAGCAACAGCGGGGCUAACUACGUAGACCCGAAAACCAGGACAAAAUAGCACACCGUUGUUGUUCAUACAAGUGAUCUACCCUUCUUUAAUUCGUCCAGAGACUUAACCCUUUGCCACUACUGUAAAACCAAGAUAUAUUCCUUCUUUAGCGAUUGACGUUAAACGUUUAGUUCUUUGUAUAAAAGGAAAUCGGACACAAACGAAUAGAAACACGAAUGCACGAAAUAAGACGCGAGAGAAUUAAAAGAUUUUAUGAAACGGUGUCGCUCGAUUUGAUUUUUACGUGACUUGUCGGUUCAUCGAUAUUAUCGGUUGGUCGAUUACGUAUCGUGCAAAGAAGUUUUCACUCGAUAGAAGAAGCCAAGGGUUAAUCGUGGUAUACUAAGGAGACAGAGACCGUGGGGAAAAGAAAGAGAAAGAAUGGAAGAAUGGACGAUUCCGAAGAACGUUAACGUUAAUGCGUUCGUAUAAUUCAGUCGUAGGACAGGCGAUUAUAGCGUUGGACGUACGUAGUUCUCGCGAAAGCAGAAAACACAGAGGCAGGCGUCGUCGUCGUUCGACGCGAUCGUGCAACGUGUCUCGUAUUAAUCCUUGGUCGAAGGAAACGCGCGGUUUAGCGUUCAACGUUUUUAAAGGAACGUCGGAUGGAGAAACGGAGCGGGGAAAAAAAACAUGACGCGAUAGAAUUAUAUUGAUGUCCGUCGUGGGAUUUUAAAGGGAUCGCGAAAUUUUCAAGAGACGAGAUCUGUAUCCAGGGGCCUAGGUUACGUCGGAUCUGUGCACGGUCUAGGAUUCGUGGUAGCUGUUCGGUACUUUCGAGCCAAGCUCUCUAGAACGUUCGAGGCAUCCAAGAUAUUUGGAUGCACGGGAGAGCUAAACUUUGAGAGCUUUCAAAGUCGUCUGUAGGAUCUUUGUAAUCUUCGGAAUCGUUAGAAUUUCUGGACUAGAAUAUCACCGAGAUUGGUAAGAUGCUUCUAGUAUAAAUAUGCUUCCGUUCUAAACGGAACGUCAAGGAUUUCGACUACCUGUAUGACUGUACCUGUAGUACUUUUCUUUCUCUAAUAAUCGUUAUUAAUCAAGCAUCUCUAGGAUUUCUGAAACUCGUAGGAUCUUUAUCCCGAUGCUAAAGCUCUUAUUAUCCCUGAAACGUUCUUUAGCCUACUUGAAGAUAUCUCUGGGAUUUCUUUUCAACAUCUCUAGAAUUUUUACAUCGUCGAGAGAACCUAGCUGUAUGUAAAUAUGCGCGUUUAGACCCUUGAAAAUUGAAAAGACGACGCGACAUCGAUAUACUAUAAACACGGACCGUUCGUCCAUUACGGAAACAGGACAAAGAAAAGAUAAUUAAUUCAUAUUCAUUUACCAUAUUCCACAUUUUCUUCCUUCCCGUUUUAUUCUCUUUCGAAGAUGAUCGACGAGAUCGAUACAAGAAUUUUUAUUCGUAAGCUCGCGGUUCAACCUCGAACCGAGUUUGGCGUUUAACGUUUAAAAAUACUUAACUUAACGUGUAAGUACGAUAGGUAGAUAGGUAGGUAGGUAGGUAGGUAGGUAGGUAGGUAGGUAGGUAGGUAGGUAGGUAUGUUACAAUAACGAGUAUAGCUUGCAACAACAAUUUUUCUAGGACACAAUUGAAAAUAUUUAUUUUUAUUCGAUCGUAAGCGUAAGGGUACUGUUUGAUAAAACGAUGAAAAAAAAAGAAAAAAAAAAGAAAUUAAACGAGAAUAAAAUGAAAUGAAAGAAAGAAAUAAACGAAAGAAGAAAACGGUGAAACAUUAUUAAUUGUAAGAGGGAGAAAGAGAGAAUGCGGUAGCGAGUAUACGUUAAAACAAAAGUAUAUACGUAAUACUGUGCAAAAGUCCAGAAAUCUAGAGAACAUCCGUUAAACGAAAAUGUUUCAGCGAUAUUUUAUUAGAAACUGUCAGAAAUCCAAGACUUUGCGAUUAAAUCGUAAAAGAAGAAAAAAUGUUGUCACUGUUGAAUAGUCGAGCGGAUAAUAAUUUUCCGCGGCAAUAGUUGUUCGCAUAACGAAUAUCUAAAAAAAUGUACAUUUCUCUGUCUUGUUAUUCUUCGAUAUGUAAAUGAAAAUAGAUAGAUAGCGUAGGACUUUUGCAGGGUAUUUUAUUUCUAGGAUUUUUCGCGUGUACAGCUCCGUUUAAAUCAUCGUACACCCAUGCAUAAAUUAACGAACGGAGAAACGGAGAAACGAACACACCUACGGCAACGCAUAGAGGAUAAGAGAAUCGUUGCUCUUAAAACACGUGUGCUCGGCGUUCCUGUAUAUGUACGUGUAUGUUGCGCGUAUGAUAAUCGAGUCGGCGAUACAGAUUGUGCGCAGGAUGUUAUCAUUGCCUUGUUGUCAUAGUUCUCAUUAACGUCAUCUGUUAGGAAGAGAGGAAGCACUCCAAUUGUCAGAGUUCAGGGUCUUACUGGCGUUGUAAGUGGAAACGACCCGUCACUAGUCCGACACUAUCGUCCUCUCUCUCUCUGCAUACGUUUCGAAGAAUAUACAUACAUACAUACGUAUAUCGAAUAUUUUGAAAUUAUUUUAUAGCGUUUUCAAAUACAUACAACUGUCGUAAAAUAUACAUAUGUAUUUACAUACUGUUUUUUUAUGUUAGAUAAAAUGGUAAUAAAUUUAUUUAUCGUAUACCAGCA